ACUUAUCAGUAUCAAGUCAAUUUCCCUCCCCUGCAAGAGCACUUUUGCAUGUCUGAGUACGAUAAGGCACAACACAAACAAUCCCCGGCAAUCACUGGAAGGCCUCUCGUGGCCAUUAAAAAGUCAGCGGUUCAAACUGGAGGAGUGGUUCUCCAACUCUCAAGUCCAUAUGGCCUCCCUUUUUUUUCUUUCUUCAUCAAGAGGCCCUCGUAAACAUCACUACAGUUAAUAAAGUGUGUUGUGGUCAGCGCGUGUCCCCGAGGAGGCGCAGUGCGCGUAAAAACGCGCGUAAAAACGCAUGCAGCGGCGAGAAUGGACGCCGCCGCGCGCAUGCAAGCAGCGCGUAGGAGGGGGGGGGGGGACACGAACAUUUAUGAUCAUGUGCAGCAUGCGCCUUAUGUUAUUGUUAGUGGGAGGGGGAGCACAUGUCUCGUAAGUGAAAUUGCGCUCGAGGAAGAAGAAGAAAAAAAGGAGGCUGAGAAGCCCGUGUGGCGCGUAUUGUCGCCGACGCCCCGCCUCUGCCGGGAGACCGUAAACCUGGCAGCCAGCUAAAACACACCGGAGCCAGCACCGAGCUCCCACUCAAUCCAAUUAAGGCGGACUUGAGGCGCUCUCCUACGUGUUCAUCUAUACGGGAUCGACGUUUGAGACAACAGGAACCAGAGGGGCUUUUGGGUCCAACAAGAAUAAGGAAAAAAAGGAGAGAAAAAAGAAGGAGAAGAAAAAGAAGAAGAAGAAAAAAACACAGAAGAGAAGGAGAGAUUGCCUUGCCUUCUAAUUUCUCCCUCUCCAGCCACAGAACAAUGUCGAUGAGCCCUAAGCAUACGACUCCUUUUUCUGUUUCCGAUAUCUUGAGUCCCCUCGAGGAGAGCUAUAAGAAAGUAAGUAUGGAGAAUAACAACUUGGGGGCGCCUCUCGCUUCUUACCGGCAGCCGCAGGUCUCUCAGGCGGCGAUGCAGCAGCACCACAUGGGCCACAACGGCGCCGUGUCCGCGGCGGCGUACCACAUGACCGCGGCAGGUGUUUCCCAGCUGUCGCACUCGGCCAUGGGGGGCUACUGCAACGGCAACCUGGGCAACAUGGGCGACCUGCCGUCGUACCAGGACGGCAUGAGGGGCAGCACCGCGGCCACCGGCUGGUACGGGGCCAACCCGGACCCGCGCUUCUCCACCAUUUCUCGCUUCAUGGGCUCGUCGUCGGGCAUGAACAUGGGCAGCAUGGGCAGCCUCAGCUCCCUGGCGGACGUGGGCAAAGGCAUGGGCUCCCUGUCCAGCACCCCGAGGAGAAAGAGGAGGGUGCUCUUCUCCCAGGCGCAGGUCUACGAGCUGGAGCGACGCUUCAAGCAGCAGAAAUACCUGUCGGCGCCGGAGAGGGAACACCUGGCAAGUAUGAUCCACCUCACCCCGACGCAGGUGAAGAUCUGGUUUCAGAACCACCGGUAUAAGAUGAAGAGGCAGGCCAAAGACAAAGUGUCCCAGCAGCAGAUGCAGCAGGACGGCGGCUCGUGCCAGCAGCAGCAGCAGCAGUCCCCGCGGAGGGUGGCGGUGCCGGUGCUGGUGAAGGACGGCAAACCGUGUCAAGGCAGCGGCCACACGCCCACCGCGCAGACCCUCCACCAGCAAGGGGGCAACCUCAUGAUCAACAACAACACGUCCGGCCUCGGGCAGCAGCAGCACCAGCAGCAGCAGGUGGGGAGCACGGGGCACUCUCCGGAUUUGGCGCCGCACUCCUCCAGUCCGCCGUCGCUGCAGAGCCAGGUGGCCAGCCUGUCUCACCUCAAUUCCCCCGGCGCAGAGUACGGCUCGGCCCUGCAGUGCUCGGCCCUGUUGUACGGCAGGACGUGGUGACAAGAGGCGCCGGCUAUUUUAACCGAUUCCUAUAUUUAAAGACACACACACACACAGGAAAAAAAGACGUCUUUCUACUGUAAAUGUGCGCAUCUGAAUAAGAAGCCGAGUGAAGCUCUUCUUGAAUUGUCACCCUUUUUUUUGGAAGGAAGUCGUGACUUAUAUGGAAGGAAGGAGGUGGAAAAAAAAAUGUUGACCAUGAAACUCCAGAAAAAGGUCUCGGGAUUUAUUUAUGUAAAUUAUAAUGAGACAAAAGACGAAUCAGGAGUCAUAUAGGCCGCAGUAUGUGAACCUGGAGAGGGGAAACUGUUGUAUAAAUCCCCCCCUCGCCCACCACGUGACUCUGAUUUAUAUAGAAUUUAUUGUAAGCCGUAGACAUAGCUUGUAUAUUUCUGUAAAAGGUUUGAAUUUUAGCUAUCUGUUGUACAAAGUUUUUUGACGCUAUUUGCCAGUUUGUUGUCGUUUCAUUGGUAUUUGUAUUCGUUUUAUUUCUUUGUAACUUAUAUAGAUGAUAUUUGACUUACUAAAAAAAACCAGUCCUAAUAAAUUAUGGAAAACAAGACA